GCCAUGGAGGCAGGUAGAUCACCUUCAUUAACAUGGUCGGAUAACACAUAUUGUAUUAAAGACGUUGCACUCAAAAAGGAAUUCAAUCUACCGUUGCUUGUGAAGGUUGAGGAGGGCAUUUACGGUAAUAAAGAAUCUGAAUCGUUUUCGCAAAAUGAUCUCAUCAAAAUCGAUUCCGUCAAAGUAAUACUGAAAGUGGUGGCAUGUUGUGUAGACUACCAGAGUCGAGCUAACAAUGAACUACGUGCAAUCCGUGAAGACGAGCACGGGUACAUAGAGAAAACAGAGGAACUUACAAUCCCUCUCAGGUACAAGGGCGUGGUCAACAUAUUCCACAAAGAGGGUGAAAAGAUCUAUUGCGGGGUCAGUGAAAUGCUUAGAGAUUGCCCGAGGUACGUAAAAGUUUUAGUCUCGUUUACAGACAAGAACAAAGUGAGCGUUCCAGUCGGAUCCGUACUGGAACUCACUGGAAUAGUCUCCUGUAAGGAUCUCGUGUGUUACCUAGUAGAUCGACCAAACUGUUCAAGAAGGACAGAAAUAAUACUGAAAUAUAGUAACAAAUGGAGGUUCCGUCGGAUACCCGACAACACCGAUUACACUCUGCAGGAGGUCACCAGUAGAUUCCCUCUGCCCCAGUACGUCACAUUCAAGAAAGAAAGCGGCCCAAAACUAGUGACAACCAACAUAAAAGAGGCAGUUGAGCAUUCAAGAAUAUUCGAAGGCACCGUUGCAAUCAAAAGGCGUAUAGAACAGGACUACAUUAUUGGUCACUACAAACCCCCUGAAUCUGUGGCGAACAAUACAAAAUAUCAAUGUCAACGGACGCUCGUCAUGAUUCCUCUCAAUAGUCCGACUGCCAGAGAUCUUAAUGUGAGAAUAUCAUUAAACACACAGGAUGACGACGACUAUGAACUGUUAAUGGCCAGGAAUUUCUCGCAGAAAGACGUUAGCGAGGGGGACAUUGACGGGACAGUGUACAUGGACUUUCUGAAGACACCGAAAUCUACUUUCAUAGUGUAUGACGAGAUAGAGACGCCCCCUCCGAGACCACUCAGAGGAAAAGUAGUGAAAAACUCGCCGAUUACUCCUCCUCUUUCGUCCCCUCCUGGUCCUACCUCUCCUCCUCCACUUCCGCCUAAAAAAGAGAUGUCGGGGAUGAGACGAGAAAGACAAGAUGACCGGGGAUACUCAAAUUCAGGGAGAAACGGUAUUGAUAAAAACCUAGCGGACGCAGUGACAAAUUCCAAGAAAACGCCCCCUACUUCUUAUUCUUCUUCCCCUCAAUGUUCACCAAGAAAAAGCAUGGCGAGGAUGAGACCGAAAUCACCGGAUGGAUAA